CUAUAGGGGGCAGUAGUGACUCUCUGCUGCUUCACUCACUGCAGCUCAAGAAAAAGGACUUCCGUUCCUCUGCUCCGUCACUCAGCUAUCUGCAGUGAGAGAGUCAAGAUGGCAGGCCGUCGUGCAGCCCUGAAGGCCGUUGACUGGUUGGCAUUUGCUGAGCGGGUCCCACCCAACCAGCGGAGCAAGUUCAACGCUUUGAAGACCCGCAGUGAUGCCAUCGCUGCAAAACUAGCCACCCUGCCUGAAACUCCUGCAGCCAUCGACUGGAGUUACUACAGGAGUGCUGUGGCUAAACCGGGUCUGGUUGACGAGUUUGAGAAGAAGUUCAAAGCACUAAAGAUCCCUGAGCCCGUCGACACACAGGCAACCAUCAUCAGUGCACAGGAGGCUGAGGCUAAUGAAAGUGCAAAGGCCUACAUUGAGGCAUCAAAUGCCCGUAUCGCUUCGUAUGAGAAAAAGCUGGAAAAAUUUAAGAACAUGAUCCCCUUUGAACAGAUGACCAUGGAGGAAUAUUACGACGCCUUCCCUGAGACCAAGUUGGACAAGGUCAAAAAUCCUUACUGGCCUCAUAAGCCCAUUGCAGACCUGUAAUGUCACUACCAGGCACUUGUGUCUCAAUAAAGAUUAUGUAUUUUAAGGAGAAUAA